UCCAAGGAAGGAAGAACACCUCUGAGAUGGAACAUCAAGUACAGUGCUUUUCUGAAAGGGAAGAAUGGAGAAAGCGUUGAGAGUUUACGCUCAGGUGCUAAGGUUGGUGAGGCGCUUGCCGAAGGACUCGAGGCCUUACUACGCUAAAUACGCCCGCGAGAACUUCGUUAAUUAUAGGGACGUCGACGCCUCAGAUUCCAAAGCCCUCGACGAGCUCUUCCACCGCGCCUAUAACCACUCUCUUUGGGUACUCAACAAGUACUCGGUGGAUGAAACAGCAGCUCAGAAGCUGAAGGAGACUUGUGUCGGUAGAUGAACGCGUAAUGUUUACUAGGUGUUUGUUGUUAUGCUCAAAAUGGGCUUCGGGUGCGCUUGUUUUUUCACCAUUUUUAAAUGCAACUGCCAGUUUCCUUUGUGUAAUCUAGGCAGUGUUUCUUUGGUAUCAUUGUCUCAAGCUACUGCAAUUUUUUGGUUAUAAUAUCUGUAUCUUCUGGUCCUAAGUGUUACCUUAGAUUUCGGCUUUGUUGUUGAAUAUUUGGAGACCAAUUAUUUAUCACUGCUAAAUAAGAUUUGGUUUUUAAUAUA